GCAGCCCACCUUGGCGAAGCCGCCCGCAAUGGGCACCGCUGUUCAUCCAGUGACAUGAGACAUCUUCACACAAAGAACUUGCGCCGCCGGGCUAUAUUUCUUAGGACCACCCCAAGAGGAAAGAUGGAUUCUUCCUCCUCUGUCGCGACCUCCACUUCUUCCACUUCCAAGCAUCGAUUUGUUCAGUCGUCAGAGGAAACGCCAUCAGCAGGCGGCGACGAUAUCGAAGAAGUCAUCAUGACUCCAGGUAUAGCCACAGGGCGCGUGCAGCCCGCAGUGUCGGUCGCAAUCCCGGAUCUUUUUACUCAGCUUCCACCGGUCAAGGACGACCUUGCAACCACCACCUCCAAGGCGCAGGACGAGACAGUGGCGAUAUGCCUCCCUUACUUGGCGGGCAGUGACGCCAACGCAGACGUGGAGCACAACGUCCACGGCGUGCCGCACAUUGAUCGCAGGAAGCAUGUGCGCUUUCUCCGCAACAUGCUGAGGCAGUUGCCUGCGCCAUUCAUAGCAGCCGAUGCCAGCAGACCCUGGUUUUUAUACUGGUCGCUCAACGCCAUGGCCAUUCUGGGCGAGGACGUCAGGGAAGACUACGCCGAACCACUGGCCGACACCGCAAGGUCAAUGCAGAACGAGUCUGGUGGCUUUAGUGGCGGCCAUGGGCAAACUUCCCAUUUGGCAACUACCUAUGCCGUCGUGCUCGCUCUCGCUGUUGUCGGUGAUGAGGAUGGUCUCUCCCUUAUCGACAGGAGAGCUUUGUGGAAGUGGCUAUGUGAUCUGAAGGAGGCUGACGGAGGCUUUCGGAUGUCUUUGGGUGGAGAGGAAGAUGUCAGGGGUGCAUAUUGCGCGGCAGUCAUUAUAUCCCUGCUUAACCUUCCGCUUGAUCUAUGCAAGGACUCGGAGGCAUACAUCAGAGAUCCCACCGCAAAUCUAUUCACCGGCUUAGGUCAAACGUUCGAGGGGGGCAUAUCAGGCCAACCGGAUGCAGAAGCUCAUGGCGCAUACGCCUUUUGUGCCCUGGGGUGUCUCUCUCUCCUAGGAACGCCAAGCGAGACUAUUCCCAAGUAUCUUAACGUCGAGCGGCUCAUUUCUUGGCUUUCUUCACGACAAUACGCUCCCGAGGGCGGGUUUUCGGGUCGCACCAACAAGCUUGUCGAUGGUUGCUACAGCCACUGGGUAGGGGGCUGUUGGCCAUUGAUAGAAGCAUGCCUCAACGGACCUGUCAAGGUUGGAAACCUUGACCGGGAACCACAACCACUCUUCAGUCGUGAGGGCCUCAUUCGAUACAUUCUCUGUUGUUGUCAGGAGCAGGGGAAACGGGGCGGUCUGCGCGACAAGCCCGGGAAUUCCGCGCAAACCCGGUGGCAGCUCGUUCUCGGGGAUGACGAAAUGCCCGCCUGGAUGGUUUCACCGUUCCCGAACGAGGAAGAGAUCUUUGACGAGAAAGACCGGGUAGGCACGGUCCAUCCGGUCUACGUCAUACCUGAAGACAAGGUUGCCAAGGUUCAGACCUACUUUGCUUCAAGAGAUGGAUUCUAA